AUGGCACCCGAUGGUCUCUGGAAUACGUCAACUGCUUGUCAACCAACUCCACAUUUCGUUAAUGCUAUCACAUGUCCAUCAUCAUUAGGCAACUGGUUACGAUUUGCAUUCAAUCAAGCGAAUCUCGAUCAAAAUGGUGAAACCUUGUUUGUAUCUGAUUCAGCAAAUCAUGUCACUGAUGUUCCAUCUCUUCACAAGCGAUUAACUCAUCCAAACGGUUAUAUGAUGACAUUACGUUCACAGCAGACGUAUACUUUUCAAUUCGAAAACGAAAAUAGCACAACGAAUCUAUCCUACACAGGCGUCGUUUACAGUUUAUCGCCUGGAGAUUACUUGAUCAUUCAGCAAAGAAUGGAUUACAUCCCAGACCAAGUAUAUACAACUUCAUCCUCAUUGGCGACACAAUCAUCCAAACCAUUAUCAGGCUUGACAAAUAACAAUGGCGAUUGGUAUUAUGACAAUGCAACAGCAUUAUUCUCGUAUAUUGUUAAAAAUCCAUCAUCAAAUGUUGGUACGAUCGAUGUAUCAUUGUCAUUGAGUGCGGUCAAAUGUCGUUAUCCAAACUGUCAGUAUCCAGUCUCACCCGGCUUACAACUUCCUGCAACAGCACGUCCAGCAAAUGCUCUGUAUUGGUCCAACGACUCUGAUUGGUCAUUUGCGACACAAGGCUAUGGGGGAUACGGAAGUGUUAAACCCGGAAAUAACAUGGAUAUUUACAUUCCACAAGGUAUCUGGCUUGUUGUUGAUUAUCCAUUGCCAUCUAUUCUUUCAUUACGUAUUGAUGGUGUUUUGGAAUUCGAACAAGGUAUGAAUAACACAUUGAACGUGAAUAGUAUUCUUAUCAAUGGUGGUCAGUUGAUCGUUGGUUGGCCUAAUAAUCCAUUAACAUCAAAUGUUGAUAUCAUCAUUCGUGGUAGUUCAUCUGUAAACGUUCUUCUGCCAAACAAUGCUGGAUCAGUUGGACCAACAGUCAUUGGCGUGCUGGGUGGCCUUGACCUUCAUGGUAUACCACGAAACGUCUCUUGGACACGUCUUGCUACAACAGCCGCAUCGAAUCAGAAAAAUCUCGUUUUAAGCGAACCAGUUGACUGGAACGUCGGAGACGAAAUCAUUGUGACAACAACGGAUAAUAGUCUUUCACAUACCGAAAGACACCAAAUCGCGAGUAUUAGUUCUAAUCGAAUGACCAUAACGACAGUCAACUCGCUCAGUUAUACACAUAUUGUUAUAAAAGAAGUUUAUGCAAAUGGACAAACAGUUCAUAUUGCUGCUGCUGUUGGUCUGUUAACCAGAAAUAUUCGAGUCAUCAAUCAGAAUCCUUCAACAAGUUUAUUUGGUUUCCGAAUUUAUAUUAGUGACUAUGCAACAAAUGUUUGGGAUUCAGUUGCAAAUGAAUCUCUGUAUACAUAUUAUAAAGGUUUCGCCCGACUUUCCGAUACACAAUUUAUCGGCUAUGGACAAUUCGUUGAUGCAGCGGAUGAAGACAAACGCGAAGGCAUUCAUAUGUACAAUCUCGGCGAUUGGAAUGCUUCUCGGCCAACUUAUGUUGAUUCAUGUUCAUUCGAUGGUGGAUCUUAUUCAGCAAUCGGUUUGUGGGAUACAAAUGGUGUACCGAUCACCAAUAAUGUCGUUUAUAACACCUAUCAAUCUGGCAUUGUAACAACCGGACAGAAUAAUAUUAUUGAUCACAAUCUUGUCUCGACUGUUUAUUGGUCUGGUACAGCCCAACCUGCUUAUGCAGCAUUUGAUAUUAAUUACGAUGGUGCUAUCAUGUCUCGAGAUGCCACUAGUGUUGUUAUGACGAAUAAUUUGGUUGCCGGUGUUGAACGUAUAGCGUAUCGCAUUCAAGGUGAUGCAUGUCCAGGCACGGCGGUGCCAUCAAACAUAACAAAUCUCUAUGCAAACAACGAAGCACACUCAGCCAUGGCUGGUGUCGCGAUUUGGCCUGUGGAUCCGGGAUUCAGUUAUGACACAGAUUGCGUUCUCUUCAAUGGAUUUACAACAUACAAAGCAUGGUAUUAUGGUCUCUAUAUUAAUACACGUCGAAAUAUUAUUGUCGAUUCAUGUACAGUUGUUGAUGGAAGUGUUGGAAUUUUAACAUUUGUUAUCGGACCUUCGGCAUUAACACACGUACCUGCCAAUAACUCCAUCAUCGUGCAAAAUUCGUUAGUCAUUGGUAGCAUCACACCCAAUGAUUGUAAUGAUCUUCUCGACACUACUUCAAAUAAUUUGGUGUAUGCUGGAACAGCCAUUCCAUCAGUCUCGGCAACGUCAAGCGACGGUUAUGCCGGUGGCAGAUCAGGUGUUGUUUUUCCAUUCAUAUCCGGCGGUGACAAUAUGAUGCCAAGACAUCCAUGGACGAAUAUUGAUGCUUAUCCAUGCAUUGACGGUGUGAUGAAAAUUAACAAUGUCACAUUCGCGUAUUUUAACGAUAUCUGUUCACGUCGAGACAUCGCUAUCCAAGUUGCACAACAUGACGAUGACGGACAAUUUCCAGUGUUAACCAGUUUGAACUCGUUGUAUAAUGUUUCACAAGGUAAUCUUAUAUUCAAUGGCCGACCAAAUCUUGAUGUUGUUGACCCAAGUGAUUGUGUUGAUAUGGACUGUGAUGGUUUGAAAAAGAAUUUACUUAUUGAUACAGAUGGUACGCUCGUUGGUCAACCAUCGAGUAUUAUCUCGCAAGCGGAUUACGACUGGGGUGAUCAAACACAUGGUGUCGGAGAUUAUCGCAUCCCAUCAGUAGCAUUAAGUGGGUCAAACGGGCAAAUGAUCAAUAUUAAUCAAACAUAUCCACAUCGUGGCAUCAGUCUCGAUACAACAUGCAGUUACCAACCAUUAUGGCAAAUGUAUCUAUGUCGAAAUCGUACACAAUAUCGCAUGUUAAUCAUUGAAAGUAUGGAUUCUGAUACGGAAACACGACGACUGUCUCCCAUUGCUGUCAUGUCUGAUAAUGGAUACAUUGAUCUAAUCAAUGGUCCACAAGAUCAUGGUUGGUGCAAUGGAUACACCUGUCAGAAACGAAUCUCCACAUUUAUGGCGUUGAUCGAAAGUCAUCACCAUUAUGACAUUUACUUAUCGAGUACACCGCCAAACCAAAUACGAUUUCGCAUACUGAAUAGUGACGCACGAAUCAUCAGCUCCUUAGCUCUUUAUUACAAUUCUUUGCAACAAAUUGAUGUUUAUGCUAAUGGAAUCUAUGUCGCACCAACAAACCGUGAUCCAGCUUUUACAAAUACGCUGAUGUUAACUGAUCAAGCUAGUACAUUGUCUUAUUCAUCGUCAGUUGGCUCGAAUUAUUUCAAUCGAACAACUCAGAUGGCGUCGUUUAUCAUCGAUGGCUAUCNUCUUGUCUCGACUGUUUAUUGGUCUGGUACAGCCCAACCUGCUUAUGCAGCAUUUGAUAUUAAUUACGAUGGUGCUAUCAUGUCUCGAGAUGCCACUAGUGUUGUUAUGACGAAUAAUUUGGUUGCCGGUGUUGAACGUAUAGCGUAUCGCAUUCAAGGUGAUGCAUGUCCAGGCACGGUGGUGUCAUCAAACAUAACAAAUCUCUAUGCAAACAACGAAGCACACUCAGCCAUGGCUGGUGCUGCGAUUUGGCCUGUGGAUCCGGGAUUCAGUUAUGACACAGAUUGCGUUCUCUUCAGUGGAUUUACAACAUACAAAGCAUGGUACUAUGGUCUCUAUAUCAACACACGGCGAAAUAUUAUUGUCGAUUCAUGUACAGUUGUUGACGGAAGUGUUGGAAUUUUAGCAUUUGUUAUCGGACCUUCGGCAUUAACACACGUACCUGCAAAUAACUCUAUCAUCGUGCAAAAUUCAUUAGUCAUUGGUAGUAUCACACCCAAUGAUUGUAAUGAUCUUCUCGACACUACUUCGAAUAAUUUGGUAUACGCUCAAACAGCCAUUCCAUCAGUUUCGGCAACAUCAAAUAACGGUGAUGCCGGUGGCAGAUCAGGCAUUGUUUUUCCAUUCAUAUCCGGUGGUGACAAUAUGAUGCCAAGACAUCCAUGGACGAAUAUUGAUGCUUAUCCAUGCAUUGACGGUGUGAUGAAAAUUAACAAUGUCACAUUCGCGUAUUUUAACGAUAUCUGUUCACGUCGAGACAUCGCCAUCCAAGUUGCACAACAUGACGAUGACGGGCAAUUUCCGGUGCUAACCAGUUUGAUCUCGCUGUAUAAUGUUUCACAAGAUAAUCUUAUAUUCAAUGGCCGACCAAAUCUUGAUGUUGUUGACCCAAGUGAUUGUGUUGAUAUGGACUGUGAUGGUUUGAAAAAGAAUUUACUUAUCGAUACAGAUGGUACGCUCGUUGGUCAACCAUCGAGUAUUAUCUCGCAAGCAGAUUACGAUUGGGGUGAUCAAACACAUGGUGUCGGAGAUUAUCGCAUUCCAUCAGUAGUAUUAAGUGGUUCAAACGGGCAAAUGAUCAAUAUUAAUCAAACAUAUCCACACCGCGGCAUCAGUCUCGAUACAACAUGCAGUUACCAACCAUUAUGGCAAAUGUAUCUAUGUCGAAAUCGUACACAAUAUCGAAUGUUAAUCAUUGAAAGUAUGGAUUCCGAUACGGAAACACGACGACUCUCUCCCAUUGCUGUCAUGUCUGAUAAUGGAUACAUUGAUCUAAUCAACGGUCCACAAGAUCAUGGUUGGUGCAAUGGAUACACCUGUCAAAAACGAAUCUCCACAUUUAUGGCGUUGAUCGAAAGUCAGCACCAUUAUGACAUUUACUUAUCGAGUACACCGCCAAAUCAAAUACGAUUUCGCAUACUGAAUAGUGACGCACGAAUCAUCAGUUCCUUAGCUCUGUAUUACAGUUCUUUGCAACAAAUUGAUGUCUAUGCUAACGGAAUCUAUGUCGCACCAACAAACCGUGAUCCAGCUUUUACAAAUACGCUGAUGUUAACUGAUCAAGCUAGUACAUUGUCUUAUUCAUCGUCAGUUGGUUCGAAUUAUUUCAAUCGAACAACUCAGAUGGCGUCGUUUAUCAUCGAUGGCGUAACAGUGAUUGAUUUGAAGAUCUCAGAAUUGCUUGUUCUCAGUUUUAAUCUUCCGGCAGUAUCAAUUUCGUCAUUCUAUUCGUCAAAUCUCGUUUCGAAUCUGGCUGCUCUUCUUGGCGUCAGUUCAGAUAUGAUUCGACGUGUGAAUAUAAUUUCAGCUAACAAUAACAGUCGAGUCUAUCGUCGACAAGUUUCGACAUUUACACUAAGAAUCGAACUGCGUUUUGAUCCAGCAACUAAUCUGACAGCUAACACAUCGAAUCAAACGGCAAUUUUAUCGAACAUUACAUCCUCGAUUAUCAAUCGCUACCAGUGUGGAGAUUUACAAUCAUCUUGGUCAGCAAAUCCAUCAUUAGGAGGCGUAGCUCCACUAAGUUUCAGUGUUCAAGAACCUUUGAAUGAAACUUCUGUUCCAUUGAGUAUAAUCGAUCACAUCAAAAUCCUUCAAUUGCCAUCAUCAUGUCGCGAGCAGAGUCCAUGUCAAAUCCAGCCAAUCAUUGUUGCAUACGAUUCAUCCGGAAAUGUCAUUAAGAAACUAGGUUCCAUCGACCAACCAUGGCAAAUCCAAGCGACGAUCAUUGGAUCGUCAGGUGUAUCGCUUCUUGGCGCAGUUGCUAAUUAUGCCGAUGGACAAGCUCAAUUUUCAUCGCUCGCAUUUCCAUCGAUGGGAAACUUUCAAGUGCAAUUUUCCUUUAUCUUACCCAAUGGCGUUAGCAGUUCAUUCGUUGCUUCCGCUAAUUUAAUUGUGUCUGGGUCAUCGUUAACGGUAACGCGCGCGACACUAUCAGGAAAAGUAGUGAGCCAACAAUCCGUCGUGUCAGUCAACGAAACAUUUAAUUAUUCUGCUGUGAUUACGGAUAGUGUGUCGUUAUAUCCAAUCCAAAACAUCAGUUGGAGAAAUCUUCAAUGGUCAGCAACUAUUUCCUUAUAUAAACUACCAGAAUACAAUCCUCAAGGUUCAUUGCUUACAAACGCGUCAUCAACGAUCAGUAUCGAUCCAAAUACCGGAAUUAUCACAGUUACGAAUCUCGCUAUUACUCACAUUGGAAUGUAUAUUCUGAACAUAACAGUCAAAUCAUCGAACGGAGAGUACUCAUUUACCAUUCCAUCGAAUGGAAUCUUGGUGAAAUCGAUCGACACUACACUAAUUACCGAUGUUGGUGAACCAGUGUCGUAUAUACAUUUUAAUGGUGAUUAUGAUGCGUUGAACACAAGUCGAUUGCUGGAAAUCAAGCGAGCAGUUAUUUACAAUUACUUAAUCAGUAUUCGAUUACCGAUUAUCAGCGAUAUAACAAUUUACAAAGGAAGUGUCAAGUCGUCGUUUGUGGUCGAUUCGGUACCGGAAAAUACGUCCUAUGCGGUGCAAGCUGUUCAAUCCAAUAAUGAUGCAGUCUCCGAUCUGACAACAACUGAAAUUGUCAUCAAUGGUCGUUCGUACGACGUUCCAACCAAAGAAGUCUCCCAAACAAAUACACCAUUGAUCAUCGGACUUGCAGUCGGUUUACCUCUUGCGAUAGCGCUCGUCGGUGCAACAGUUUUUGCUUAUUUCAAAUACAAGAAAGGUAUUCAACAUCGUCGCUUAUUCAAUGAUCCAGAAAUGAACAAAUGUUCAACGGCUUCAGCAAAUGAAACCUGUGCAGAAAACAAUCAAGUGACUUCGGCAUCUGAAACAACAUCGAUCACUCGCCUUAAUUCGCCGUUACCGACAGAAACACCACGAGCUGGGUCGGCCGCUCUUAGUGUGGUCACAUUGAAUGUCAUGAAUACAAAUCAAUCAAUGCCUCUCGUUGAACUUGCUUGA